UACCGACUUAGAAAAUAAUACAGUCGAAGACAUUCCCAAGAAAAGUGGAAGCGCGCCAAAACGACUUAACUCGACCAAGCCCCCACCGGCGGAGAUCCGGUACGGCGGCCCCACCGCCACAAAGAUGGGAAAGCAAAAGCAACAAAUAAUUUCCCGCUUCUUCGCUCCGAAACCCAAAAUUCCUUCAUCAAACACCGAUUCUUCUUCUUCCCCUCGUCCAAACCCUCCAACUCCCAAAAUCUCCGCCACCGUCACUUUCUCUCCAUCCAAACGCCGCCUAACUUCCGAACUGACAUCCCCUCAUAAACUCCCCAAACUCUCCCCUCACACUCAAAACCCCCUACCCCCUCCACCUCACCCCUCUCUCCACCAACGCUUCCUCCAGAAGCUUCUCGAACCUUCUUCCCCUCAACAACCCCAUUCCUCUUCCAAACCCUUAAAAUACACUCCUUUGGAGGAACAAGUGGUGGACCUCAAAGCUAAAUACCCUGAUGUUCUUUUGAUGAUUGAAGUUGGUUACAAGUAUCGUUUUUUCGGCCAAGAUGCUGAAGAUGCUGCUAGAGUUUUGGGUAUAUAUGCGCAUAUGGAUCAUAAUUUUUUAACUGCUAGCAUACCAACAUUUCGAUUGAAUGUCCAUGUGAGGAGGCUUGUGAGUGCAGGGUAUAAGGUUGGCGUGGUUAAGCAGACUGAGACUGCGGCCAUUAAGGCUCACGGUUCGAACCGGUUAGGCCCGUUUUGCCGAGGGUUGUCGGCCUUGUACACCAAGGCCACACUGGAGGCGUCUCGGGAUUUGGGGGGAGGGGAAGAGGGUUGUGGAGCAGAGAGUAAUUACUUGCUGUGUGUUGUGGAGAAGAGCAUUUUGGGUGAGAAAGUGAAAUGUGGGGUGGAAGGUGGUUUUGAUGUGAGGAUUGGAAUGGUUGCUGUGGAGAUAUCAACAGGGGAUGUUGUUUAUGGGGAGUUUAAUGAUAAUUUUUUGAGGAGUGCACUUGAGGCUGUUGUUUUGAGCUUGUCUCCUGCUGAGUUGCUUCUUGGGGACCCUCUUUCUAAACAAACAGAGAAGUUAUUGCUGGAUUUUGCUGGACCUGCCUCAAAUGUUCGUGUGGAGCAUGUGUCACGAGAUUGCUUUGCCACUGGGGGUGCUCUUGCUGAAGUUAUGACCUUGUAUGAGAACAUGCAUGUAUGCAGUCCAUCAGAUUCGAUGCAAAGCAAUGAAUUGACUGAGAACAGCGGUCAGCAGGUAGUAAUCAAGGAGGUGAUGAACAUGCCAGAUUUGGCUGUCCAAGCUUUCGCCUUAACUAUUCGCCAUUUAAAGGAAUUCGGUUUUGAAAGAAUUCUGUGUUCAGGAGCUUCUUUAAGGCCCUUCUCAAACAAUACAGAAAUGACCCUCUCAGCCAAUGCACUUCAACAACUGGAGGUUUUGAAAAAUAACAGUGAUGGAUCUGAGAUUGGUUCCUUGCUGCACGUUAUGAAUCACACUCUUACUAUCUUCGGUUCCAGGCUUCUUAGACAUUGGGUAUCACACCCAUUGUGUGAUCAAACCUUAAUUUGUGCUCGUCUUCAUGCUGUAUCUGAAAUUGCAGAGUCCAUGGGAUCUUGUAAUGUUGUGAAUAAUCUUGGAUGUGUUGAGGAAGAUCCUGAUGUAGCAAUUGUGCAACCUGAGUUAGCAUACAUACUUUCGUUGGUUUUGACAACUUUGGGCCGAGCACCUGAUAUACAGCGUGGAAUUACAAGAAUUUUCCAUUGCACAGCAACACCAUCUGAGUUUGUUGCUGUAAUUCAAGCUAUUUUGUCUGCUGGAAAACAAUUGCAACAACUUAACAUAGGAGAGGGGAAUAAUAACUCACUCUGCUCUAAUCUGUUAAAAAAGUUAAUUUUGACUGCUUCCUCUGGCAGUGUUAUUGGCAAUGCUGCAAAAAUGUUGUCAUCUUUAAACAAAGACUCUGCUGAUCAAGGAGAUCUAACAAAUUUAAUCAUUGCAUCAGAUGGACAAUUCCCAGAGGUCAUUAGAGCUCGGAAGGCUUUCAAGAUGGCAGUGGAACAAUUAGAUUCAUUGAUUGAUCUGUAUCGCAAACAGCUUGGAAUGAAAAAUUUGGAAUUCAUGAGUGUUUCUGGAACAACUCAUUUGAUAGAGUUAUCUACUGAUGUCAAGGUUCCUUCAAACUGGGUUAAGGUAAAUAGCACAAAGAAAAUGAUUCGGUAUCACCCUCCUGAAGUGGUGACAGCACUGGACAAGUUAUCAUUAGCAAAUGAGGAGCUUACUGUUGCCUGCCGAGCUGCCUGGGAUAGCUUUCUGAGGGACUUCAGUAAACACUAUGCUGAGUUCCAAGCUGCUGUUCAAGCACUAGCUGCUUUAGAUUGUCUGCAUUCACUUGCCAUUCUUUCAAGAAAUAAGGGUUAUGUUUGCCCAGUGUUUGUUGAUGAUUAUGAGCCUGUUCAGAUUCAAAUUUGUUCUGGUAGACACCCGGUUUUGGAGACUACCUUACAAGACAAUUUUGUCCCAAAUGAUACAAACAUGCAUGCAGACAGAGAGUACUGUCAGAUUGUUACUGGACCAAAUAUGGGGGGGAAAAGUUGCUAUGUCCGCCAGGUGGCUUUGAUUGCUAUAAUGGCUCAGGUUGGUUCCUUUGUACCAGCAUCAUCAGCAAAAAUACAUGUCCUGGAUGGGAUCUACACCCGGAUGGGUGCUUCUGACAGUAUUCAGCAAGGGAGAAGCACCUUCCUAGAAGAACUAAGUGAGACUUCACAUAUACUCCAUAGGUGCACAGAGCAUUCCCUGGUUAUCAUUGAUGAGCUCGGGAGAGGUACUAGUACACAUGAUGGUAUGGCCAUUGCUUAUGCAACAUUGCAUUAUCUUCUGAAGCAAAAAAGAAGCAUGGUCCUCUUUGUCACUCACUAUCCAAAGAUUGCCAACCUGGCAACUGAAUUUCCUGGCUCUGCAGCAGCAUAUCACGUAUCUCAUCUGACCUCACAUGAUGAUACAAACAAAAUCUCCAACUUGGAUCAUGAUGUCACUUAUCUAUACAAGCUUGUACUCGGUGUUUCAGAGAGGAGUUUUGGAUUUAAGGUUGCCCAGCUUGCACAGUUACCAUCACAGUGCAUCAGUCGAGCUAUUGUCAUGGCUUCCAAAUUAGAAGCGCUAGUAAACAGUAGAAUUCACUGUAGAUUGGGAAAGGAACUACUGAUGGAUACGCAGGUGAUUGAUCAAGAGCAAGAACAGCUUAUGGCUCAACCACAAGAUUGUUCAUGUCAAGAGUUUGGUAUAGCUUACAAAGAUUUCUAUUUAAACUUAAAAGCUGCAAUACAAGAUGAUAACCAUGCAAAAAGUUUUCAGCUUUUGGAGCAUGCUAGAAGCAUUGCAAAGAAACUAAUUGGCAGAUCAAUGCAAUAUGUAUGAGAUAACAUGCAGGAGCAAGUUCGGGUCUCCUCCAUUGUGGAAGAAUGUUUAUAAUAUUUUAGUUUUGUUAACAUCAAACCUGAGGACUGAUUUUAAGCAUAUAAAUAUAGUACAUUUUAUUGAGAAAGAAGUAUUUAUUAGAUUCUUGUAUUCUUGAUGUAAUAGAUACCUUUUUUUUAAUAAACAUUUAUCACCUUUAGUUGC